UCUACCAACGAAGAAGAAGCAUAACCGGCUGAAGGCGAAGAAGAAGAAAUAGCAUUUGUUUAUAUUCUCUGACCACCCGCCCUUUAUUUAUUUUCUGCUUUCUGUCAACGCUGCUACUUAACAUCAUCCUUGUCAAUGAGGGAUGGAGCCUGUUCAUCUGCUGAAAACACCGUCUGAUCGUGGUGAUCACGAUGCCGUCAGUGUCACCUCCUGGGUGUCGGUGUGUCCCAGAGGACUGUGGAAUGUCCAGCAAAAGCAAAUAUGUGAUGGGAGUCAACAGACUGUCUUAAAUUCUGAAGAUGCAUGUUCAUCUGGUUACUGUCCCAGGUUGGGUUCACUGUGCAGAGUCCGAGUGCGACUCAAAGCUAACAUGGAUGCAGAAGAGAGUUCAGCAUCUGACAGAGGAAAUGAAAAGCUGAAGGUCGAUCCUGACCUGUCAGUCAGUGAUGUUACAGAAUCAGUAGUCACACCUUUUCAGAAGCGUUUAGACUCUGUUCUGCAGAUCCCACUGGGCAACUGGACAACACUGAAGCUGGGAGAGGGUCAGUGUGACGUCACAGAGGCAUGUUUGGAAAGAAUGAGAGCCGGAGAGAAAUGUGAGAUACUUCUGUCUCAAGUGGGAAAUGGACCAGACGUCUCUGUUCCUCAGCCCUCAGAUGAAAACCUUCCUUUAUGUGCCACAGUUGAACUCCAGGCUUUCACACCAGGCAAGGAAUCCUGGGAGAUGUCUCCUGGUGAAAAAUGGGAGUGGGCGAAGUCACACAAGGAGAGGGGUGGAGUGAGAUUCAGGAGUGGGGAUGUGUGGGGAGCCGCGCACAUCUACAGCCAGGCCCUCAAACUCCUUAUCACUCUCUGUGGCCAUUUCAGAGAGGUGGAGAAAAAAGGACAUGAGCACGAAGCAGAGGAACAGAGUGACACAAACGCUCCUAAUGAAACACAACAACUUCCUUCGGCUGAUGAAUUCAAAACCAUCAAAGCAGAACUCCACUCAAACCUAUCCCUGUGCCAGCUAAAGCUGAACCAACCAGAGCAGGCGAAGGCCAGUGCUACAAAAGCCACUCAGCUGGAGCCUGGUGGCGCUAAAGCCUGGUACCGGCUGGGCCAAGCAUGCCAGAUGGUGAACGAGCUGGAGGAGGCCAAACGGGCAUUUAGGAAAUUGCUGGAGAUACAGCCAGAAUUGCCUGCUGCUUUGAAGGCGCUUAAGGACAUCACAAGUAGAGAGAAAGAGACAAAUGUACAGCUGGGACUGAGACUCAGCAAAAUGUUCAGCUGAAAAAUAAAUCUUAUCUGUGAAACUA